AUGCGUAAUAAUAGUUCAUCUUGGUUAAUAACAACAAAUCGAACGAUGACGAUGAACGAAUAUUGUAAUAUAAGUUUACCCGUUGAUUACGAUUUACAUUGGCUUAUUGCAUAUUCUACACUUGCUUUUAUUGGAUUAUUCUACGCACUUCUUGGUUAUCGUUGGUGGCGUUUAACUAUGUUUGUAACAUCAUUUGGUCUUGGUUCUUUAUUUCUCUAUAUUAUAUUAUCAACACAACCAACAAUGAAUGAAUCACAAUUAAUAGGUGUAUCAUGUUCCAUUGCAACUUUAUUUGGUUUAAUUGGUGCACUUUUACAGUAUGUAGGUUUAUUUAUAAAUGGUUUUUGUUUUGGUUUAACACUUUCAAUAACAACAUUUAUAUCAUUGGAUAUGAAAAAUCGUGCUAAUGGUAUUACAACAUCAUUUUGGUUACCAAUUGGUCUUAUUUUAUUACUAGGUUUAAUAUGUGCUAUUAUAACAUUACGUUUUCAAAAGACAAUGAUUAUUAUUACAUCAUCAUGUUUAGCUGGUGUAUGUCAAAUACUUGUAUUAGAUUAUUUUCUUCAAUCAUCUGUUUUACUUCAUUUUAUACAUAAACGUUUACUAUUUGAAUCAACACCAACAUUAUGUAUUCGUCAUUGGAUAAUAGCUAUAAUUUUACCAAUAGUUAUGUGUUUUGGUAUUGUUAUUCAAUUUACAUGUACAGGAAAAGAUUAUGAUCAUAGAGAUUCAUGGCAAAAAGCAAUUAGUGCAGGCAGAAAACGAUAUACAACAGCAAAUUUAAAAAGAAUUCGUCGUCAUUAUAAUCAAGAUACACUUCGUGAACACAUUAUUCCAGAUGAAAGUAAUCGUUUUCGAUAUUUCUAUCAUAUACGACGAGCCAAUGGAGAUGCAUUACCAUCAGAUUUUAUACAAAAUGUACGACAGCAAAAUUCGGCAGCAGUUCGUUUGACAACCAAUAAUAACAGUAAUAAUAAUAAUCAUAACAAUAAUAAUAAUAAUACUAGUCAAUCUGUUGUAUCCUCAAAUGGUGCAACAACGACAGUAACAUCAGCACGCAUAGAUACAGAUAGUACUACAACGACAUUAACUCAUUUAAUGUGA